UUGGUUUCGCUGCUGCAGUGCGCAUUACACAAGACGGUCGAACACAGCACCUGACACCUUUCACGGACAGAACAGCUGAUACAAACUAAAUACAUACGCAAUCAAGUUGGCCGUCUGAUGGGGGAUUAUAAUUUUGGUGUGAAUUCGAGCGUCGCAGCUUUAUCUCCCGUUGAUUUUCAAACUAAUUCCUGCAAUUCAUCUUUAUUUUUCCCGAGCGAGCCGGUCGCGCAUACGAUGCAAGAUGAUCUUCUGCUUGAUAAAUCUACCGGCAAACAACUUCAGCAGCUGUCUCCUUCCAAUGAUAGUACUACAAACGGAGAUCAAAAUUCCGAUGAUUACUCUCUGAAAAAUAGAAAAAAUGAAGAUUCAGAAAACGACGAUGUUCAGAUUGAGAAAAAAAAUUUGGACUCAUCAUCUCCCGGUACGACUAGCUCUCCUUUACAGCUAGGCUUUUCAGAAUCAUCGAAUGCCCUCAAUAUCACAUCUACAGCUCCCAGCUUUUGGUCAACUGUAGGUACUGAUGAUACCUAUGUGCAAGGAAUACCCACCAUGAAUAAUUCAUUACCAUUCCAAAACUUUGCAACAUCAACAAAUCCCAUUCUAAGUACCAGUAUGGGACCUCAGUUAAAUCUCACUCAACAGCACACUCCACAGAGACGAGCAAUCACAGGUGCACAUAAUUUCCCGCAAAACAGGCAUCAACCACCCCAACCAAAUUUAUUUAAAGCUUACACGAAUUGGAGUACACCACAUCAAACCGCUUGGUCAACACCCCAAACACCAAAUACCCUUUCUGCAUGGAAUGCAGUCAAUAUUACAAAUCACAAAAGGUCCGUGCCAAACAUGAGUCCCAUCUCUCCUUUGAAGAAGACACAAACCAACGUGGGUCAGCAUUCUAUGGUUAUAUCACCGUCCAAAUUUCGUCGAAGUACAUCAAUGCCUGUUGGUAAACCAUUUCCACAAGGAUUGGGAGGAAAUACUAACUAUGACAUGACUGGUGAUGAAAACAGAGAUGGGAAUGUUAUUAUGCCAUUCCAGGAUCGGCAGAUAACGAGCAAUCUAAGUAGCCCCCUUGACAACCUACGGCACCCUUUGGAACAACAACUGAUGGAUAUCAUGCGAACUACAAUGGAUGGUCAAGAUCAUUACAAAGGUUUCAUCAAUUACAAUUCGAAUAACAUGCAAUCGUUAUCUCACGUACCUGCUCGUAGCUAUGGAAGACGCAGAGGCAAAUCACCCUUUUUCACUGGACUCGAAGAAAACCACUUGGACGAUGGUCAUUUGGAACAGAUGGGACCGUCUCUCAACUCGUCAAUGCUCUGUGCGCCCAAGUCCCCGAACAAUGACACAGGAGAGAGAUUCUCUCGGAAAGUCUUUGUCGGAGGCCUGCCACCAGAUAUUGAUGAAGAUGAGAUCAACGCCAGCUUUAGAAGAUUCGGACCUUUGGUUGUGGAUUGGCCCCAUAAAGCGGAAAGUAAAUCAUACUUCCCUCCUAAAGGAUAUGCAUUUUUGUUGUUUCAAGAUGAAGCUUCUGUUCAAGCUUUAAUUGACGCUUGUAUUCAAGAAGAUGACAAACUUUAUCUCUGCGUUUCAAGCCCUACCAUUAAAGACAAGCCAGUUCAAAUACGUCCUUGGCGCUUAAGUGAUGCAGAUUUCGUUUUAGACGCAUCUAUGCCCUUGGAUCCAAGAAAAACUGUAUUUGUUGGAGGAGUACCGCGUCCAUUGAAAGCACUGGAAUUGGCUAUGAUAAUGGAUCGCCUUUAUGGAGGUGUAUGCUAUGCUGGCAUAGAUACUGAUCCCGAACUGAAGUACCCCAAAGGGGCUGGACGAGUAGCAUUCUCCAAUCAGCAAAGUUACAUUGCAGCCAUCAGUGCAAGGUUUGUCCAGCUGCAACACGGAGAUAUUGAGAAAAGAGUGGAGGUAAAACCGUACGUGCUGGAUGACCAAAUGUGUGAUGAAUGCCAGGGAUCCCGGUGUGGGGGCAAAUUUGCCCCUUUCUUCUGCGCUAACGUCACUUGUCUGCAGUACUACUGCGAACACUGCUGGGCAGCCAUCCACUCGCGCCCUGGCAGGGAGUUCCAUAAACCCCUCGUCAAGGAAGGGGCUGAUCGGCCAAGGGCUGUACCCUUCCGAUGGUGUUGAACGGCUGCUGGAGUCUCUUUUGUUUAGUUUUUGUUUCUGUUUUUUUUCUUCCUUUUUUUUAAACAUAAUUUAUAUAUAUAUGUGUAUUUUUUAGCUAGCGUCAGUUUUUUUCCCCCCACAGAAAUAUUCUCGACAGCUUUUUGAUAGUGUGUUCCCCGAACGGAAUUUUGGUUUCCUCCCUAUGUUUUCUCUUGUCAUUUUUUUUUUUCUGCGAUUCUUUUAACAUUUUUUUUAAUGCUGCUGCGGCCAUCAUGCUGUGUUUCAAGCAUAUUUGGGCAGUGAUCCUUUUUAGAGUGAUUCAGAAGCUGUAAAACGUAGAUAUUUACAUUUCAUUAUAAAUAUAUAUUACCUAUCUCUUAAUUCCCCUCUAUCCAUUUUCAGCCCAGAUUAUAGCUACCUUAGAAAUUUGAAUCAGAUCACGAUCUUUUUAUUAGCUCGCCCUGUUUUAGAACUAGUUUUUAAUGGGAAAAAAGUAAUGUAUAAAAUCCAGAUUUCUCAUCCUCUCUGAGCAAUAAUUAAAGCCUUACCUUUUAGAUACGUUUUGUAAAAGUUAAAAAAAAUGUAUAUUUAAAGAGCGACUGAUACAUCAUUUUAAAAGAAACUGAAUCUGCUUUUGAAGAAUUGGGACACUGUGAAAAAGAGUUUUUUCUGUAUUUAUUAUUCUUUUAUUUUUGUAGUAAAAAAAUAUUAUAUCCGUUGUUUAAUUUUCUAAAUUAUCAAACUCUGCUGAAUAUGUUCUAAUUGGGAUACGGGUGUUGGCAGCAAAACUUAGUCUUUCAGGUCUUUUAUAUAUACAUAUAUAUAUUAUAUAUAUAUUUAAAAAUUUAGCCAUUAUUUAAAAAAAAAAUGUAUUUAUUUUUCUCAUGAUGUAUGUGUGUAGCAGUGCUGGAAAAUUGUUGCUAAUGAUAUUUACCAAAGAACAUCUAGAUAUUUUAUGUCUGACUGUGAGAGGGCUACACAUCCAUGCAUUUCAUUGCAUACCUACCACAUUUUUUUAGAUGUGUGUUUUGGUAAUCAUGUACAUAAUAAAGCAGAAUUAAGCAUCUAUAAUUUAAUGUUCGAAAGUAAAAAAAAAAAAAAAAAAAGAAAUCAAAAACAUUAUUUUAAAGAUGUUUUUAUCUGUUUUUCAGUGCAGUAUUUAUUAACACGUGUGGAUUUUUGUAAACUACUGUUGUUGUUACUAGACACUUGACUGUAUAUUAUCCUAAAUAUGCAGUGUUGUAAUUACUUGUGGACAUUUUUAUAAUAUUUUUGAUUUUGUUAUAUUUGUAGAAAGCUUUCACUUUUUAUAUGUGUGUUAUAUUAUAUGCGGUUUUUCUAGUCUCUAGUAUACAGUGAAAUGCAUUGGUAGCCCAACACAUAAUAUUCACAUACAUCUAACAAUCCUUUAAUGAUACUUAGGUGUGAUAAUUAUAACCUAGUUGUUAUGACAAACCCAUUAGAAACAAUAUUGAAAAAAUUAUUUAUGCCUCUUUAACUUUAGUUUCUGUGUCAUGUCUGAUAGGUGAUCCUCUGGUUAAUAAUGUCUAAAAAUUCAGUAAGUGUACCUCAAUAUUUUCCUAGAAAUAUGGCAAAAUAUUUCAGUCGCCUGUUAGCUGUUUUACAUUAUUAUCUGGUGUAAACUGUUGUGCAAUUCAGUGUUCUGCUGUGAUUUGUGAAUUGUAGCAUUAUAGUCAUUAAUAUUGCAUAAAUCUUAAUAUAUUCAAAAGAUUCAUUUAUUUAAAUAUAGAUAUAUUAUAGAAAUAUAUUUUUUUCUUUCUUUUUCAUACCGUCUCUGUUCUGCAAAAAAUAUUCUUUUUUGUAUAGCACAGGUUUGAAAAAUCAUAGUGUAUUUUUAAUAUAAUCUUUGCUGUACAUAUUAUGAACCAAAGCGAAUUUUGUGUCCAUGUUAUCUACCCCUCAUCGGUUUUUAUAUGGGAUAGGGACAAUCAGAUUCAAAAUGUUGCUUGAGUGGAUAUCUAGUCAAAAACACUUGGCAAAUAUAAUAUUUUUCAAUUCUAUCAAUGUUAAAAAAGAUAUAAGCAGUGAAAAAAAAAUGAUGCUUGGUCAAAAUUUUAAAAUUGAUGUGGAAUUCCCAGCAUUCUUUAAGAAUGCUAGAAUUUAUUAUUUUUUAAAAAAAAGUGUACAUAAUAAUUAUAUAUAUUAUAUAUAUAAUCUAUAUCUCCCCUUUUCAAAUUGUAAUUUAAAUUAAAAUAUUCUAUUUCUUAGAGCAUUUCCUUUCUAUAAAUAAUAUUUUAUAAAAAUUGUAGAGAUAACAGUUAAAUUUUUUAAUAUAUUGAUUGAAAUUCAUCCUGUUCAAAUACGAUUUUUUCAGUGAAAUCUCUUUUUGUAUAAGUAGUUAAGAAAUAAAUGCUCAUAGAAUAUAUUCGCAAUAAAUAUUCAUAACUAUUUUUUGCUUUUCAAACUAUUUUAGUCAGUAGCUAUUCUCAAAGGAUCUUAUUUCAUUUGCAAUUUUUCAUUAAAAGAUCUUCGAAAAAAAAAUUUUGUAUCCAUCUUAUAGUUUUAGCUAGUGAUCUUAAACAUCUAGAAAAAAAAUAUUUUAUAGGUAGUCGAACUCUUUGUGAGAGCAAAAAACAAACAAAUUUUGCUUUCAACCUGUGAGUGUGCUUUCAGAAUUUUAGUAUGAAAUUUGAAAUUAAAUUAUUCUAGGUAGUUAGUCAGAUAGUUUUAAAUUAGGUGUGCUUUUACUUCCAAAGUACCAUUGUAAUAUAUAUUUGAGCUAUAAGUAAAUAUUUUAACUAUCAGUAAUAAAUAUAACAGAAUUGCUCAGAAAACAUUUUUUCAUAGUUGAAAUUCCAUUUUUCUAGAUGUUGCAUAGAAAUAUUUAUUCUUCUAAAUUUUAUUGCUACCAAAUGAUAAUGAAGGAAUCAUAAAGCGGUUUUGAACCCAUUUAUUGGUAUGGGUUUUAUAUAUUUCUCUUAUAUAUAGCAUUUCACAUUCUCGAACAUCUUGCAGCUGCAUUUUAAGGUAUCGUGACAAGGGAAGGAAUAGAAGCAAUAUUUCAAAUAGUCAUAUCAAUAUGAACAGGUGACGUUGCUUUGGCCCUGCUAAAUUUUGCAUUUCUUUCUGAUUUAGUUAUAAAGAGUUAAAUAAGGAAUGGCAUUCCUUCCUUAAUUUUUAUUGGGUCAUCUGUCAAUUAUUUGUGUUGGUAAAUAGUGAUUGUUUUUAAGUGAUAUAAAAAAUAACUAUAAAUAUAGGUAUAUUUUCAUAUAUGGUAUACAUGUAUGUGUUUAUUUAUUAAACUAUUUAUAUAGGAUUAUGCCUAUACUUAUGUGUUGUUGAAAUUAUUUUUUGAUGUAAAAAAAUGAGAAAAAAAAUCUAUUUAUUAUUACUUAUUCAAAUGUAUAUUAACCUAUUUACAAGUUGCUGUGUGUAGGUGUUUUUCUCUUUGCUAAAUACAGAGUUGUUAUUUUUUAUUCUAUUUUUGUCUGUGUACAAAAUGUAUUUAUAUGCUGGGAAAGUGUCAAUGUGCAAUAAAAUGACAAUUCACCUGAAGAUUGAGACCUUAUUUUUUGUCAAAAAAAAGGUCUUUAUUUUAGAUUUUAUAUAGAAUUGUUUGUAAACUACAGAAAUAAUUUAUUGCUUUUCUGAAACAUUUAUUGACAGAUGGCCCUUCUUUUCAUUUUCAUGCUACACAUAGCACCAUUUUAAGCUGCAAUUGAUUGAAAUUUAUUAACCUAAAAAUUAAAAGCUUUUGCUAUUCUAAAUGCAUCUUUUCAUAUGAAUGGUACACGUACAUCAGGUUCAAUAAGUGUGAUGUGUUUUGCAUGUUGGACCUGUGCUUCAGUGAUAGUACGUUUAUAUAUGGUUUUUAUGGAUGUUUUAAUGUGUGUGCAUUUGUUGUUUUUAUAGCCAUGACUAUUGAAUACUAUGAAAGAAUUCUUUUAUUAUUCUUAUGUUUUUAAUCCAGUGGGAUAAAAAAAAAGUUCAAGGGAUAAAAUUAAAAAAAAAAAAAAAUGGAAAAGUGAGAGCUUUUUAAAAACGUUUAAUUGUAUUAAAGAGUCAUUACACAAGAAUAAUUAAUAUAUCUUUUAAUAUACCUUUGUAAAUUAAUGUUACAUUUUCUCAAGAUUUAUAAUGUUUCACAUUUUGUAUUUUUCUGACUGUGUAGUGUUUUUUCUCUAAUAAGCCUAUGUGUGUGUGUGAUAGUAAAGAAAAAGACCCAGAUAGAGCACCUCUGUAUAUUAAAUGGGGUAAUUUUUUAUUUUUGUGAACGGUGCUACGUGUGCUUUUCCUGCUGCCUAUAGCUUCCCUUUUUCGCCGAAGCCUCUCCUUUAAUUGACAGCCAAGAUAUUUUGAUAGAUUCACUGAGCUAACUUCAAGUCUUGAGAAGGAAUGGGAAGUGUUCGGCAGAAAGACGAAAGCAUGGCCAGUCGGCCACGAACAGAAUGGCCUCUUCUCCUAUUGAGCUGUUGUCUGUGAGAAUUCAAAUAAAAUAAUAAGGCUCCAAAUACAACAUCUUCUGUUUGUGAUUAUGAACGCGAGCAGGAAAGUUCAAAGUGAGAGUAGUUUUGAAAAUGUAUAAAAAACGAUUACAUGAAAUGUCCCUGCAUCUCACUAUGUUCCUUUGUAAUUUUUGUAUUCAUACUCAUUUUGAAAGAUUUUACAAGAGGAGUAAAUCAUGGAGUUGAAAAAAAAAAGAAGUGAUGAAGUGAUUAGAUGCUGCUCCUCUUGACAUAUUUUUUUUGAUGUUUAUGAAAAGUUGAAGUUAGUUUUUAAUUUUAAUAACUUAUUUAUAACUGCCAUAUCUAUAGUUUUUUAAUACUAAAGGAAUUUUUACCAGUAUUAUUUUUUGUAGGAAAAAAAAGAAGUCUCUGUGCAUUUUUCCUUCAAAAAGUGAAAUGCUAUGAGUCUUCAUAAAAAAAAAAUGCUGUUUUUAAGUGUUUAAAAAUUAUUUAUCUG